AUGCCUUCCUUUGCUGAGACCGUCCUCAAAGAGGGGAUGCUGACCAAACAGAACAAUUCAUUCCAGCGAUCAAAAAGGAGGUACUUCAAGCUUCGAGGGCGGACGCUGUACUAUGCAAAGACUGCGAAGUCCAUCAUUUUUGAUGAGGUGGAUCUGACAGAUGCAAGUGUGGCCGAGUCCAGUACUAAAAACGUCAACAACAGCUUUACGGUCAUCACCCCUUGUCGGAAGCUCAUCCUGUGUGCCGACAACAGAAAGGAAAUGGAAGAUUGGAUCGCAGCACUGAAGACCGUGCAGAGCAGGGAGCACUUUGAGCCCACCCAGUACAGCAUGGACCACUUCUCAGGGACGCACAACUGGUACGCCUGCUCCCACGCGAGGCCAGCAUACUGCAACGUGUGCCGGGAGGCACUGUCUGGGGUCACCUCCCACGGGCUGUCCUGCGAGGUGUGCAAGUUUAAGGCCCACAAACGCUGUGCUGUACGCGCUACCAAUAACUGCAAGUGGACCACGCUGGCCUCCAUCGGGAAAGACAUCAUCGAGGAUGAAGAUGGGAUUUCCAUGCCGCACCAGUGGCUGGAGGGGAACCUCCCAGUGAGUGCCAAGUGCACGGUGUGUGACAAGACCUGUGGCAGCGUGCUGCGUCUGCAGGACUGGCGCUGUCUCUGGUGUAAGGCUAUGGUGCACACAGCGUGUAAGGAGUCGCUGCUGACCAAGUGCCCACUGGGCCUGUGCAAAGUGUCGGUCAUCCCCCCCACGGCACUCAACAGCAUCGACUCGGAUGGGUUCUGGAAGGCCACGUGUCCACCCUCUUGCACAAGCCCCUUGUUGGUCUUUGUCAACUCAAAAAGCGGCGACAACCAGGGUGUGAAGUUCCUUAGAAGAUUUAAGCAGCUGCUGAACCCUGCCCAGGUCUUUGACCUCAUGAAUGGAGGGCCACACCUCGGCUUACGGUUAUUCCAGAAAUUUGACACAUUCCGGAUUCUGGUCUGUGGAGGGGAUGGCAGUGUUGGCUGGGUCCUGUCUGAAAUCGACAGCCUCAAUCUUCAUAAACAGUGUCAACUGGGUGUGUUGCCCCUGGGGACCGGGAACGACCUGGCGCGCGUGCUGGGCUGGGGCUCAGCCUGUGACGAUGACACGCAGCUCCCCCAGAUCCUGGAGAAGCUGGAGCGGGCCAGCACCAAGAUGCUGGACAGGUGGAGCGUCAUGGCGUAUGAGACCAAGCUCCCGCGGCAGGCGUCCUCGUCCACUGUCACUGAGGACUUCAGCGAGGACUCUGAGGUGCAGCAGAUCCUGGUGUACGAAGAUUCGGUUGCAGCCCACCUGUCUAAAAUCCUGACUUCGGACCAGCACUCAGUGGUGAUCUCCUCAGCCAAGGUGCUCUGUGAGACCGUGAAGGACUUCGUGGCCCGGGUCGGGAAGGCCUACGAGAAAACGACCGAGAGCUCCCAGGAGUCAGAGGUCAUGGCCAGGAAGUGCUCUGUCCUGAAGGAGAAGCUGGACUCCCUCCUCAAGACCUUGGACGACGAGUCCCAGGCCUCCUCCUCUCUACCUAACCCUCCGCCUACCAUCGCCGAGGAGGCAGAAGACGGGGACGGGCCCAGCAGCGUCUGCAGCUCCUCGGGGGACCGCGCCCUGGGCCCAGCCGGCCCCUCCCGGCCACAGAUCUUCCGGCCUCGAGAGCAGCUUAUGCUCAGGGCCAACAGCCUGAAGAAGGCCAUCCGCCAGAUCAUUGAGCACGCGGAGAGAGCCGUGGACGAGCAGAAUGCCCAGACCCAGGAGCAGGAGGGCUUUGUCGCGGGUCUCUCUGAGUCGGAGGAAAAGAAGGAUCUGAGGACGGAUGACAGCGUGGGCCCCCCCCCAUCCAGCGAGAACUGUGGAGUCUCCAAAGGCAGGAGCCACCGCAAAGUGUCCAGGUCACCCUGUGAGAAGCUGAUAAGCAAAGGAAGCUUGUCCCUGGGCAGUUCGGCGUCGCUCCCCCCACAGACGGGAAGCCGGGACACCCUGCCGGCGCUGAACGCCAAGAUCCUGUACCCACAUGUUCGGGCUGGGAUGUCCGGCUCCUUGCCGGGGAGCUCCGUCAUCAGUCGCCUGCUGAUUAACGCUGACCCCUUUAACACCGAGCCAGACAACCUAGAGUAUUACACAGAGAAGUGUGUCAUGAACAACUACUUCGGCAUCGGCCUGGAUGCGAAGAUCUCCCUGGAUUUCAACAACAAGCGUGACGAGCACCCUGAGAAGUGCAGGAGUCGGACCAAAAACAUGAUGUGGUAUGGCGUUCUGGGGACCAAGGAGCUGCUGCACAGAACCUAUAAGAACCUGGAGCAAAAGGUCCUGCUGGAGUGUGAUGGACGCCCAAUCCCACUCCCCAGUCUUCAGGGAAUUGCGGUCCUCAACAUUCCCAGCUAUGCCGGAGGGACCAACUUCUGGGGGGGCACCAAGGAAGACGACACCUUUGCUGCCCCGUCAUUUGAUGACAAGAUCCUGGAGGUGGUGGCUGUGUUUGGCAGCAUGCAGAUGGCAGUAUCACGGGUGAUUAAGCUGCAGCAUCACCGAAUCGCCCAGUGCCGCACCGUAAAGAUCUCCAUCCUGGGGGACGAGGGGGUCCCUGUGCAGGUGGACGGGGAGGCCUGGAUCCAGCCCCCAGGCUACAUUCGGAUCAUCCACAAGAACCGGGCACAGACGCUCACCAGGGACAGGGCCUUUGAGAGCACCCUGAAGUCCUGGGAGGAUAAACAGAAGUGUGAGCUGCCACGGCCCCCGUCCUUCUCGCUGCACCCCGAGGUCCUGUCCGAGGAGGAGUCCACCCAGAUGAGCCAGUUUGGUCAGGCGGCAGGAGCUCUCAUCCACAGCAUCCGGGAGAUCGCACAGUCCUACCAGGAUAUGGAGCAGGAGCUCGCCCACGCUGUCAACGCCAGCUCCAACGCCAUGGACCGAGUCUACGGCAAACCCCGAGCCACAGAGGCCCUGAACUGCAGCUUUGUCCUGGAGAUGGUGAACAACAUCAGAGCACUGCGCAGUGAGACGGAGCUGCUCCUGGCUGGCAGGGUGGCCCUGCAGCUGGAUCCCCCCCAGAAGGAGCGGCUGGUGGCGGCUCUCGCUGAGACGGACCUGCAGCUCAGGAAGCUGGCGGAUGCCCCCUGGCUCUGCCAGCCCCCCGAGCCAGGGGAUGAGGAGGGUGCAGUGCUGGAUCUUUCCAAACGCAGCCGCAGCGGUAAAUUUCGCCUCGUGACCAAGUUCAAAAAGGAGAAAAACAACAAGAACAAAGCAGCCCGCAGCAGCCUGGGAGCCCCGGUGCACCUCUGGGGGACAGAGGAGGUGGCUGCCUGGCUGGACCACCUGAGUCUCUGUGAGUAUAAGGACAUCUUCACACGUCAUGACAUCCGGGGCUCCGAGCUCCUGCACCUGGAGCGGAGGGACCUCAAGGACCUGGGCGUGACCAAGGUGGGCCACAUGAAGCGCAUCCUGUGUGGGAUCAAGGAGUUGAGCCGGGUGGCCGCCGAGGCCUAG